AUGCGUAAGACGCGGUCACAAACCCAUGCAGAAAAUGCAAUACUCUCGGGAGGGCGAAGUAAUUCAAGCGCUUCGCGUACAGGAGUUGUGUCCUCUUCCACUUCAUCGUCAAAUUCAUCAUCAGCAGCAGCGGCGGCGCAGCAACAGCAACAGUCGCCUCAAUAUCAAAUUAAUUCGAAUAAUUCACAACAGAAACAACGUAGCAACACACAACAAUCGGCGGCAUCUGCAGCAGGCAGCGUCUAUGUUGAUCCUGCCCGGAUUAAGGAAUGUGAGGAGAAGAUAAGUCUUCUUCGGGUGGUCGAACUGCAAAAAAUACUUUCAUAUUUAAAUCUUUCAUUUACUGGACGUAAAAUUGAUUAUCAAAGGCGGAUAUUAUCGCUACUACGUACUAAUUUUGAUUUGAUUGCACCCAAAAUACGUGAAGUCUAUACACAAUCCAUAGUUGAACAACAGGCCAAUCAAUUUGGUCCCACAGAUCCCAAAAGAAUGUAUUCACAAAUGUAUAUGCAAGCAAAUGCAAAUGCCGGCAUGGUCGGUGCUCCAGCCGGUUCGGCCAUGGUUGGUGGCCAACAAAUAUUAAAUCCAGCUAAUCCAGCUGCUAUGCAACCGGGUGCCGGUGUACCACAGGGCAACAAUGUGGUGCCCUUUUCACAUGCCAUACCCACACAAAUGCCCAUACAUCCCGAUGUACGCUUAAAGAAAUUGGCAUUUUACGAUGUUUUGGGUACUCUAAUAAAACCAUCAUCGCUGGUGCCACGCAAUGCUCAACGUAUUCAGGAAGUUCCAUUUUAUUUCACACUGACACCACAACAGGCCACAGAAAUAGCCUCAAAUCGUGACAUACGCAACAGUUCGAAAAUUGAACAUGCCAUACAGGUGCAAUUGCGUUUUUGUUUGCUAGAGACAUCGUGCGAUCAAGAGGAUUGUUUUCCGCCAAGUGUCAGUGUUAAGGUUAACAAUAAACUUUGCCAACUGCCGAAUGUCAUUCCAACAAAUCGUCCAAAUGUGGAACCAAAAAGACCACCACGGCCCGUUAAUGUUACAUCAAAUGUCAAACUAUCGCCCACAGUUACCAACACAAUAACCGUACAAUGGUGUCCCGACUAUACACGAGGCUAUUGCAUUGCCGUCUAUUUAGUUAAGAAAUUAACAUCAGCCCAGUUGUUGCAGAGAAUGAAACAGAAGGGUGUUAAACCUGCCGACUAUACUAGAGCUCUAAUCAAAGAGAAAUUGACUGAAGAUGCUGAUUGUGAAAUUGCAACGACAAUGCUGAAGGUGUCACUCAAUUGUCCAUUGGGUAAAAUGAAAAUGUCAAUACCAUGUCGUGCAUCAACAUGUUCACAUUUGCAGUGUUUCGAUGCCAGUCUAUACCUGCAAAUGAAUGAACGUAAACCCACAUGGAAUUGUCCGGUGUGCGAUAAACCUGCCGUUUAUGAUAAUCUUGUUAUUGAUGGCUACUUCCAAGAAGUUUUGGCGUCAAAUCUACUUAAACCCGACGAUACUGAAAUCCAAUUACACAAGGAUGGUUCAUGGAGUACACAUAGCCUGCGCAAUGAGGGACAAGUAUUGGAUACACCCACCAAACCAGUUGAAAAAGUUGAAGUUAUUUCAGAUGAUAUAGAAUUAAUAACAACAGAAGAUGUUAAACCAGUGAAACCAGCACCCACAUCAGUGACAGCCUCUGCAAGUGAACAGCCAUCAUCGACCACAAACAGUGAAACGGUGGAUUUAACGCUUAGCGACUCAGAUGAUGAUUUACCCCUGGCAAAACGUCGUCCAAUUGCAAAGCAAACAACACAAGCCGGUGCAGCAUCAUCGACAAUGAACGGUAAUGGUGGUGGUAACAAUCAAAGAGGCAUGUAUAUGCCACAAAAGAAUGAAGGUGGCGAUUUGAUGCCGGAUCAAAUUCUUAUGGAUUUACGUCAAAAUAAUUCAACAAUGAAAACAGGCUCCACUACACCGGUGGCAGCCGGUGGUUCCGCUACAUCGCCAUCACCUGCACAACGUUUAGCCCAUGCCGCCGGAGUUGUUACAUCAUCAACUCAGCAUACAAAUAACAAUACAGCCGAUAUGUAA